GAAGGGAAGUGACGUGUCCUCCGGAGACGCGGAAAGGCCAAGAUGGCGCCGGCAGGGCUGAAGGCGGUGGUCGGGGAAAAAAUUUUAACAGGAGUCAUCAAGAAUUUGAAGAAGGACGGCGAAUGGAAGGUGCUACUGGUGGAUCACCUGAGCAUGAGGAUCCUGUCUUCCUGCUGCAAGAUGUCAGACAUAAUGGCAGAAGGCAUAACCAUUGUCGAAGAUAUCAAUAAACGGAGGGAACCAAUUCCAAGUUUGGAAGCUAUUUACUUGAUCACGCCAUCAGAAAAGUCCGUGCGUGCCCUGAUUAAUGACUUCAAAGACACACCAACGUUUAUGUACAAAGCAGCUCACGUAUUCUUCACUGACACCUGCCCCGAGUCCUUGUUUACUGAGCUUGGAAAAUCACGAUGCACAAAAGUAAUCAAGACCCUCAAAGAAAUACAUGCAUCUUUUCUUCCUCUUGAAUCCCAAGUGUACUCGCUCGAUUCAAUGGAAUCAUUUCAUCACCUCUUCAACUCUCAAGCGGCAAAUAGCAACAGCACCUUGCUGGAGAGUAUGGCUGAACAGAUAGCAACAUUGUGUGAAACUCUGAAGGAAUAUCCAGCUGUGAGAUAUAGAAAGGGCCCAGAUAUGAAUGCAGCCCUGGCAAAUCUAAUUCACGAUAAACUGAAUGCAUACAAAGCUGAUAAUCCCAGCAUGGGGGAAGGUCCUGAGAAGUCACGUUCACAACUAUUGAUUCUGGAUCGUGGUUAUGACUGUGUAUCCCCAAUACUGCAUGAGCUCACACUCCAGGCAAUGGCCCACGACCUUCUGCCCAUUGAGCAAGACAUAUAUUCGUAUGAUACUACAGGAGUGGCAGAGUCACGUGUGAAAGAAACUCUUCUCGAUGAGGACGACGAGCUGUGGAUGAAGCUGCGCCACUUGCACAUUGCUGACGUUUCCAAGCAGGUGACAGAGUUAUUAAAGACAUUCUGUGAAAGCAAAAGGAUGACCACUGAUAAGGCAAAUCUGCGGGAUCUUUCUCAAAUGCUGAAGAAAAUGCCACAAUAUCAAAAGGAGCUCAGUAAAUACUCAACACACUUGCAUUUGGUUGAAGACUGUAUGAAGCAUUUCAAAGGCACAGUUGAGAAGUUGUGCAAAGUGGAGCAGGACCUUGCUAUGGGAACUGACUCAGAGGGAGAGAAGAUCAAAGAUCCAAUGAAAAUCAUCGUGCCGGUUUUACUGGAUACAAGUAUCAAAUCCUAUGACAAGAUUAGAAUCAUCCUUUUGUAUAUCUUCCUCAAAUCAGGGAUCACAGAGGAGAACCUCACCAAACUUAUACAGCACGCAAACAUCCAGGUUGACAGCAGCAUCAUCCAAAAUGUUCAGAACCUAGGCACUACCAUCAUCACUGGGGGUGGAUCACCCUCCAAGUCGAAACAAGACAGAAAACAUCGAACAGAGUCAACUUACCAACUCUCCAGGUGGACACCAGCCAUUAAAGACAUUAUGGAGGAUGCCACAGAAGAAAAGCUUUGCAAAAAGCAGUGGCCAUUUGUCUCGGACCCCACUCCAACGACAUCCACUCAGACAGCAGUCAGUGCCCGCUUUGGUCACUGGCACAAGAGCAAGACUCCAACAGAGUACAGAAGUGGACCCCGACUCAUUGUUUUUGUUAUCGGAGGCAUCACCAUGUCUGAGAUGCGCUGCGCCUAUGAAGUAACAAAAGCCACCGACAACAAAUGGGAGGUGUUGAUCGGUUCAACUCACAUCCUCACUCCAGAAAAAUUCCUGGACAGCCUGAAGAAUUUAGACAAUCCCUUGGAGUCACAAAGCUGAAACAACUUGGAUGUCACCAUCCCUUCAAAAGCUGAUAGUUUUCCGACUGUAAUUAAAUCCACAGACUCUAACGCAUCUGUUGUAUGUUUAGCUCACGAGAGAUAGAUGUAAUUAUUUAUUUAUCCUUCAAUUGAAGUUUACAGUUGUAUCCUUUUAUAAUUGUCACGCCUGGGUGCCAUCAGUGCUAAUUAGCUUGCCAUUUUGGAAGCUUCCUAUGAGUUCUUCCUCUUCCACACCAUUUUGCUGCCUCUCCCAAAUAAAAAUGUCCCCCACCACUUGGAUGGUGAUUCAUUAAAUGUUCCCCAAGCCCACAUUAUAUACACUCUCACUGUUGGAAUAGGUAGUCUGUAUUUUCCAAUAAGUGGCAGGUUACCCUUUUGCUAAGUGCGAAGGUGUUACGGGUGUGUAGAUAAGUCGGGGAACUCCUGCCGUCGGUGCCUGGUCCGCUCUGUCUGUGGCCUUGAGCUCUGGGUAACCUGUAGCUAGCUGGUGGUGAUAGCAAUCUUGUGGCUUCCUCCCUUCCCUGUGGUCAGCUCACCUGGCCCUUCCUUCCACCCAGUCUUCACUCUGCCCUUGUCUGUGCCUCCACAUCACAACCUACACAGUCCCCUCCUGCACCCAACCACACACCUUUGUCCGUGGAACUUUUAACCAGCAGAAGGAGUUGUCGGGGUGACUCACCCCAGGUUUAGAUAGAAAGGGGCAAGAAUGAGUUACAACGGUUGUCAUGAACCAGUGUCUACAGGUUGAAGAAUGAGGUGCACUGAUGCUAUCUGCUACCUUGUGAAACGCAACCAAAGCUAGCAAACAACUUGCCAUCUGGUGAGUUGGUUUACUUCUGUAACCAAUCUUUUCAUGUAUAAUUGCAGAGAGUGCCUCGACACCAAUGAAAUCCCUCUUGUAAACACAUUUUUACUGCACUUUUCAUUGUAAACUGGAAGCUGGGAUCAAAUCAUAAAAGAUGAUAUAUUUGUAUUGUGUUGCAUAAUCUUUACCAAGCCCCUCUGCUUGCAUGUGUGAACAGACAUUAAACUUGUGUGUUUCAUUCUUUAGAUUCAGGUUCAGAUAAAGUUAACCCAAAUCCCUUUGAUUGGACUGUGUAGAAUACCAACUGUGCAGCCACCCCAUUGUUGCUUUGUAUAGGCAUACAUUAUAUAUGUUUGACAUUUAUUGAAGUAUAUUUUUUAAACCAAAUAAUGAAAAAUAGAAUUUAGGACAAAAAUAUGUUUAAGGAUCAGUGGGACAGAUGUUGAAUUUGAAAAUUACAAUCGCAAUAAGUACAUUUAAUCUGAAACCAAAAUAUAUAUUGCAGAUUAUACAUGUUUCGUAUCAUAUUUUCCAUUGCCAGUAAUCUUCCUUAAAUUCCUGUUGGAUGAUGUGCAAUUGAUGACACAUUGCUGAAUCAGGUUCCCUCUGACUAAUUCCGGAGCUGCGGCCUUAUUGCUUGCCCUCUCUAUUGUCCUGGCCAUCCAUGGUCAGUGGGACAACAUCUACUCAAGCUAUUAAGCCCACUUGAAGGAAGUGGUCGAGGGCGAUUUGCACUCUGGAUUUUCCACAGGUAGAGCUCUCCUGUUUAUGCCCCAGCACCCACCCUCUGCUCCUGUGCCACGAGCACUGCCAAAACUAGAGGCUUAAUGUGGAAUUGUGGCCCAAACCUACAUCUGAUUACAGGCAGGUUGGCAUGGACCAGCGUCCCACAGGAUGCACAACAGGAGAUGAAUUGAUUUUCUAGAUUAUUUAACCUAGUGAAGCUCGUAUUCAAAGAUAUUUUCACGCCUAAACACUUAAUACCUCGAAGGUAAAUUAUUAAUGAAGUUCUCUUUAUUAACUGAGAGCUUUCUUCUAGCGAGUAUUUUAAAUGUGUUUUGUUUUUAUGUUUACUGGAGAAAUGUGACAAGAUUAUUUUCUUUACCCAUCCUCUAAGUUGAAUCCAGUUUUCUGAGCUGUAAGUCCAGCUACACCUAGCGAGCACAACAUUCCUUCUCUCAGUCGAGCGACCAGGUUGCAACAACGGUAUUGUCACAUUUCACACCAAAGGGGAUGUCGUAGGUUUUUCAGCCAAGGCCUAGUUUGUCAAUGUUUGCAAGAACUCCUGCCCUUCUGCAGCUCAAGGAGAUUAUUAGGAGACUACUAGGAGCCUCUGCUCACGGUGAGGUCCGCCAAGCUGCAUGUGUUCACUUUCUGAAGCUUCAUUGCACUAACUAAAUGCAUUGCCGACCCACUCCGCACAAGUUCCUCGUAAAUGGGAUUUUUUUCAAUGCAUUGGAUGUCUGUAAACUUUUUCUCCAAUAAUAUUAUGGAUUUAAUUUGUCCGUCUACAUUGAAAAUUUAUUUAAUGACAUGUAGAAAAUGUGGGUGGAUUCAUCUGGUUGUGGAUAACCUUGUAGUCCAGUUUAAACUAUUCAUGGGAUAGCUAGCUUGCCACUUUUCAAAAUGUUUGCCUUAAUCCACAUGUAUCCUGUUUAAUUACAAUGUAUGCCUGAAUUACAGAACUCUCCCAACACUCCGCUCUUUUAAUGGAAUGAUACUAAAAAUUGUUCCGAAUGCAUUGCAGCUUUGAAACGGUUUAGCAAUCUGCUCUCCAUUGGCACAUUUAAGAAGUUGACCCUACAAAAAGCACUUGUGGGAAAGACAUUUGUAGUUCAAGGUGCAUUGGGUUGAAGUGAUAUUUUCUGGUUUCUGUUGGAAGGUGAUCCAUCCAUAGCCACAGGGCAUUAUCCAAGGUGCUUUGUGUUCAGCUGUAUAUUUACUCUUGUGCAUACAGCUUGGCCUUUUGAAAGAUUGCAGUGAAUUCAUUGACUUGCCUGAAACCCGAAGCACUUUUAAAGCCAGGUUACAUCAGUGUUGUAUUCCAGCUUGUACCAUGCUUUCCUCACCUCCACCAAAGACCCAGAUCAAUCACUUGUCUUCACUGGAACUUCUGAAUUUGGUCAGUACCUUCCUGGUUCCUUUAUGCUCCUCUCAACAGUAUGACUGUAUAUUGAGACAGAGUGCUGGAGUAACUCUGCGGGUCAGGCAGCAUUUCUGGACAACACAGAUAGAUGACAUUUCGUGCCGUGAUCCUUCUUCAGUCACUUCUCCGUGUUCUCCAGAGAUACUGCCUGAUCUGCUGAGUUGCUCCAGCACUCUGUGUCUUUUGUUUUUAAACCAGAUCUGGGUAUCCUUCAGCAAAUUACAGUAGCCUCCCGUUCCUUCAGAAGGUGGUUGUGAGGGAAUUGAUGUGACGAAAGGGUGUUCUCACACCUGCAGUCAGAUCGCAUGCCUUGAACUGGAAGGAGCAAUUUGAUUCAAUGUUCUGCCCUUGGACUCCACCGAGUAAUGUGCCUGUAGUCAACAAUCCAAUGGAUUUAAUUGCAGUGUGUACAUGAUUUAACUGGAUGGCAAUAAUCAAUGUAAAUAUUUCUACUUUAUUUUAGCAGUAAUAGCCAGAAUAUUUUUUGUAUGUACGUGCAUUUAACAAUGACAGUGCUACUCGCGUGGUGUGUGUUGUGUAUAAUCUGCAAAAGAUAUAAUAAACUUAUCCUUUUGUUAUUUAAUUGAA